AUGGCUCGGGCCGCCAUAUUUCUGUUAUUAGCACAGUUGGCCGUAUGCGAGGCGAAUACCUACAAUCGGCAAACAUACUCAUCAAAUCUUCAAUGUCGAGUCGACGACCCGCUGUCAUGCAGUCAAGCCAAACAUGAGGUCUGCGUUUUCGCUAACGGUCAAUAUCGAUGCGAAUGCCCUACGGGUGUGAAUCGUCUGCGUGAUGGACGAUGUCUUUGGGUAAACGAAUGCGCUCGGCCGUCCUUAAACUCCUGUCACAAGGAUGCGAACUGCAUCGAUAAGGAAGAAGGCUACACGUGCGAGUGUAAGCCCGGAUAUGCUGAUGUUUCGCAGGAUCGAACAAAUAAACCGGGUAGAAUUUGCCAGAAAACGAGCAAUGAAUGCAGUCAGAAGCAAACUUACGGUGUCGAUUGUGACCCUAACGCUGCAUGCGUAGACACUCCGGAAGGAUUCCAAUGUGUAUGUCAGCCGGGAUUUGCUGACAUCUCGUCAUCUGUCAGUAAAUUACCAGGAAGAAAGUGCGUUGAAGUGGUGAACGAAUGUACCACAGGGAAAGCGGAUUGCUCUUGCAAUGCGGACUGUUUCGACCGAGCUGAGGGUUAUGAGUGCAAAUGUCGCCCUGGAUUCGUUGAUGCCUCACCGGAUAUUGUACACUAUCCAGGAAGAGUGUGUAAUAGGCCAAAAUCCCCAGAACAUUAUGGACAAACUAGUAGACAGCCUCAAUGCAGUAGUUUGGAACAAUGUGGGCCGAACGAGGAAUGUCGUUUCAACGCGAAAGGUGAAAUGGUUUGCCAGUGUAAACGUGGAGCUGUUCAACAACGUGAUGGGAAAUGUAAAGUGUUCUCACAAUGCGAACGAAUGAAUGAAUGCGAUAGAAAUUCGAUCUGUUCGAACACUUAUGACGGAUUUAAGUGUCAGUGUAAGGCAGGAUUUAUCGACGUUUCACCGGAUCCCUACCAUCUUCCUGGACGUAAAUGUCAACAAAUAAUUAACGAAUGCGCUGAUGGAACCGCUGAUUGUUCACCGUAUGCGGAAUGCAUAGAUCUACAACAAGGAUACAUGUGCAAAUGUAAGAUGGGUUACACGGAUGUUUCAUCCAGAUACAGCCUCCAGCCGGGACGAAGAUGCUCACAAGGCGCUAACCAAUGCUCCGACUCGUCCCUCAAUUCCUGUGAUCAGAACGCCGAUUGUGUCCAGCUGCCCGAUGGCUACACCUGCAAAUGCUUCAGCGGUUACGUUGACGUCUCGUCGAACGCAAAUCUCGCACCUGGACGAGUUUGCACGCUUAGCACUGUUUGCCCUGUACAAGCCACCGAUCUGGUGUUUUUGAUCGAUGGAUCGGGAUCAAUUGGAUCAUAUAUAUUCCAGACUGAGGUGCUGAGAUUCCUCGCCGAAUUUACGGAACUUUUCGAUAUCGCACCGGACAAGACCCGUGUUUCGGUGGUACAGUACUCCGAUCAAAUUAGGCAUGAAUUUGGUCUGGACGACUACAAGGACAGCAAAUCUCUUCACGAUGGAAUUCGUGGAAUAGACUAUUUGACGGGUCUAACUCGAACCGGAGCGGCCAUUGAGCACGUCGCCAGCCAGGCCUUCAGCGAACAACGAGGGGCACGACCGCUAUCGCAGAGGGUGGCCCGAGUCUGUAUUGUGAUCACGGAUGGAAGGAGCCAGGAUAAUGUCACCAUCCCAGCCACUGACGCUCGCAGACAAAAUAUUCAACUAUUCGCUGUGGGAGUCACAAAUCACGUGCUUCAAGCUGAAUUGGAAGAGAUUACGGGCGCUAAGGAUCGAACCUUCCACGUAAAUGCGUUCGAGGACCUGAACACUCGCUUGAGAAGUGCCAUCCAGAAAGUCACGUGCCCACAAACCGAAGUUCCGAAACCUACUACAGGCCCAUGCGAUCCUAACACUCACACCGGAUGCGAUCGAGCUCUUAACCAAGUUUGUAUGCUGAAGAAUGGGAAAUACACCUGCGGUUGUCCUGAUGGGUUCGAACUGCAUCCAGUUACUAAGGUUUGCGGCGGCGAUGUGUGCAAUCCAGAAAUCGCCACCUCUUGUCCGGAUCCGGAAAUCUGCGAGCGCACGCCAUUCGGGAAUUGGCGGUGCACAUGUCCUGAAGAUCUUGGAUGGAGGGAUCCACAUACUGGAGCAUGCAAGAUCGGAACUCCUCCCACAUCGGAAUCCACCGACGAAUGUAAUCCAGGACAACAGAACAGUUGUGGACCGAACGCAAAAUGUAUCCGAGGGCCUGGAGGAGAGUUUGUAUGCCAAUGCAGCUCUGGAUACGUUCGAAAUGCUAAGUCAGACAAAUGUCAGGCACCUGGAACCUGUGAUCCGUCGAUACCAAACUCCUGUGAUGCCAGGAAGAAGGAGAAAUGUCUUCCUGGCGAUAAUGGUGAAUACACCUGCCAAUGCGACACCAAAAAUUUCUACAAGAGACAUCCAGUCACUGAGAUAUGCUUGAUUGACGAAUGUUCGGCUGGUACUCAUGAUUGUGACGCUAAUGCCAGAUGUACUGACACAGACGAAUCGUUCAUCUGCACCUGUAAUAGCGGAUUCUUGGAUAAGUCACCGGAUCCAGCAAAGAAGCCUGGACGAGUUUGCACACAGCUUCGCAAUGAAUGCCUCGAGAAUCGACACAACUGCUCGGCGAACGCCGACUGCGUUGACUUGGCUGAUGGAUUCCUUUGCAGAUGCAAAGAAGGAUUUGUGGAUGUCUCUCCGAAUAUCCAUGUCUUUGCUGGUUUGGAAUGCCGCGCCCUUGUGGACGAGUGUGCUUCGAAAACCACUAACACCUGUCAUGAACACGCAAUUUGUAUAGACACUCGUGACGCUUACAAAUGUCAGUGCAAAGAAGGCUACGUUGAUCAUGAUGAGUUGAGGAAUCCAGGAAGAGAUUGUAGGAAAUUAAACCAAAUCUGUGAAUCCGGUCGUCAUGACUGCGAUAAAAAUGCACAAUGCAUUGAACGUGGAACUAAUGACUACGAGUGCGUCUGCAAGGCCGGUUUCCUAGAUCGAAGCCCUCUGCCUCAUAGGACUGGACGAAAAUGUCUCGAACGAGUGUGUCUCGAUGAUAAGAAACAUGAUUGUCACGUUGCCGCCGUCUGUGAAGAGGUAGACGGUCCAGAAAAAUAUACUUGUAAGUGCCGUGAUGGCUACGUGGAUGCUAACAAGGACAAGCCAGGACGCGAAUGCCGUGAACUGGUGAACGAAUGCCUAGACGCGUCGCUGAAUGACUGCGAUCCGGCAGCCACUUGCAAGGACACCCAAGAUUCCUACGAAUGUGUCUGCCCAAUCGGAAGUCGCGAUAUGUCCAAGGAUCCCGCAAAGCCUGGCAGGAAUUGCUUCGGACUUGUAAAUGAGUGCGUGAUGCCUCAUCUGAACAACUGUUCACGUUUUGCUGAUUGCAUCGACAAAGAGGAGGGUUACGAGUGCAAGUGCAAGCCAGACUACCACGAUCAGAAUCCUGCUAAUCCAGGAACAAACUGCAAAUUCAUUAUCAAUGAAUGCUCUGCUGAAAAUCUCAACGAUUGCGACAAAAAUGCGCUAUGCGUCGAUACCAUUGAUGGAUAUGAGUGCCAAUGCAAAGCACCCUAUAAGGACGAGAUGCCAGAGAAUCCUGGACGAGUUUGUAGGUACAAUGAGUGCGCUGAUCCUAAAGAUAACGAUUGUGAUGCUAACGCUGAUUGUAUCGACACUGAUGACGGAUACAUCUGUCAAUGUAAACCUGGAUUCUUUGACGAGAACACAAAUCCAGAAAAAACCGGAAGAGUAUGCAUAGAGUUAGGCCUCGUCAUUGAUCAUCCGCAAGAAACAGAGAAAACCACCUUGUCGCCGAACCUCGUUCCAUGUGGUGGUACCCACUGUAAGGUCGACCUUCAUGAGGUGUGUAUCGGUGGAUCAAAAUGUGGUUGUCGGCCUGGAGAAUCCCGAUCCAGUCCAGAAGACAAGUGCAUUCCAGUAACUGAGGUACCAAUUGUUGUCAGGGUCAUCGACAUUGACGGAGAACCGCUACAGUAUUCAACCGACUACAGUAAGCCAACUAGUCCAGAACAUGUGGAAAUAGUCGAUACAGCUGUUAAGGGUCUCGGUGAUGUGUUCACUCAUACUGAUGUUGGACCGCGCUACGUUACCACAGAUGUCAAUUUUAUCACAAAUCCGAAGGUCGAGAACAGCACUUGGGAUCGUGGACUUCUCAUCAAUGGAUCUGUGAAACUUUCCGGACCAGAAGAAGUCGACAAGUGCAAGCUUUUCCAACAGUUCGCGGCUCGAGUCACUGCUACAGGAGGACGUAUUGAUAAAUUGAAGGUUGCUGAUGACUUCGCUCUUUUGGAUCCUUGCAAAGUCGAAGAUCAGGUGUACGGUGCCACUUGUGGAUCAUCUUUCUGUAAUGAAGCCUUAGGAGAAGAAUGUAUUGCUGGAAAACUAUGCGGAUGCCCCAAGGGUCAGAAGAGAAAGGACGCACAAAGUCCCUGCCGAGUGGUGGAGUCCUUUAAUUUGCCACUAUACGUCAUUCGAGACAGUCACAAUCCACUCAAAUUCACUCCCAAUAUUGCCAAUCCCAGAGACGAGCAGCACAAGGAUCUUGUUGGAAGGUUCGAGACGGGAAUCGCUGAAAGUUACAACAAAACACCUCUGCAUAACGGGUUCAUCACUGCUGAAGUAAAUGACAUCGAAGAACCGUCAACAAGAAAUGCCUCAUGGAUCCAUGGACUUCUCUACAAUUUCACCUCACAUUUUGUACGCGGUUCCGUUGGAGAACCGUCGACCGUCUUCACAGAUCUAAUCGAAUACAUCAAAAAGAAGAAUAAUUUCGAGGUCGGCACGUCUAAACUUUUCAUUUCACCGGAUCAAAUGAACCCAUUCUCUUCCUGUUACUCGAGCGAUUGCCAUCCCAACGCGGUCUGCACUCCUGUCGGCAAAGGAUACUCAUGCGCUUGUCCAUCUGGCUACCGAGAUCUCAACCCUGCUCGUCCUGGUCGACAAUGUUUGUCGUAUGUGGGAGUGAACGAGUGCGAGAAGCCAGAACUGAACGAAUGCUCUCCGAACGCUCGUUGUAUAGACCUGGAUUACCUUUACAAAUGCGAGUGUGUUCCUCCAUACGUGAACGCUGCACCACAAGGAGCCGUGCCAGGAUCAGUUUGUACUAUUGAUUAUUGCUCCGAUGUCCAUUUCUGUCCACUUAACUCCACUUGCAAAAAUGUUGACGAUCAAGCGAAGUGCGAUUGCAAUCCAGGCUUUAUUGAUCUGCGCAAAUCCGAUCGACUGUCUGAGGCUGGUUUGGGAGAUGCGAUCUGUAUGAGACAUUCCGAUGUCAACGAAUGCCUCCUUGGAUUGCACAACUGCAGCGCAGCUGCUAUAUGUACAGACACGAAAUCUGGAUAUGACUGCCGUUGUCCCGAUGGUUACACUGAUGGAAAUCCAUCUGAACCAGGACGAGUUUGUGCAGCGUUGUUAUGUGGUUUAUGUAAUGGACAUGGUGAUUGUAUCCAUGACAGUGUGACGAAUAAUGUCACUUGUUCUUGUGUGGACGGUUAUUCAGGACAAUUCUGUGAGGUUGCUCCCUCAAACGCUGGAUUGAUUCUAAUGACUAUCUUAGCCUUGUUAUUCCUAUUGCUUACUCUAUUAUGCUGCCUCUAUCUUUGUGCAAGAUGCCGUUGUUUCGGUGCACGAGGAAUUAGUGAUGGCAGCGCAAGCGGUCGCGAAAUCCUAGGAUCGGACUAUUAUACGAUCCCUCGUGCCAAACUGAAACCAGGAUAUGGAGAUGAGAUGAUGGGUCACGACAACGCCGCCGUACUUGGCGCAUACUUGGACGAUGGCGGAUCGAUUUCCUCGGAGGGAUCGUUGGAGGAGAUCGAACGGCGGGUCACCACCGAUGUGACCACACGUGAGAUCCGGACCACCACCGUAAGAGAUGAAAUGGGCAAUGUGGUCAGCCAGAGUCAGACAAUUUCGCAUGGUCCACUGGAGACGGACACCGAGCAGUACGCUAUGACAUCGUCGGAUCACUUCCGUCAUGCCAGCUCAAGCGGAGCGGCUGCUGGUGCUGCAGCCGUUGGAGUGGGAUCCUCGAUGGGUGCUGGUCAUAUGAGGGAGGCGUCGCAUGGCAUGUACGAGUCGGAUUCUGAGGGAUCAGAUGCCGGUCAUGCGACCUACGAUCGCGUGACACGAGUCGCACAAUCACACGAUUUCCUGCCAGGUGCAGAUCCACGAACGGGUACCGAACGACGACGAAACGAGGUGCUCACAACAACAACCGCCGAAGAAGUGAACUAUUUCUAA